AUGGCCAAUGAUCUAACGACGACCGUGUACGAACCAAUACAGCCUGAGGGCUUGGCACUCUCUUUGAUGGUGGUAACCAUUGUCUUUACAAUUCUUUCAGGCGUCGUCGUGCUUUUGCGAUUCUGGAUCCGCCUGUCGCAUAGCUUGUUUGCCGUUGAGGAUUGGCUGAUGCUUGCUGGAUGGCUGAUAAACCUCGGGCAUAAUGCCGCCGUGAUCGUUCUCUCCUACAGCGGCAUCGGGUCGCACGAUGAUGUUAUCACUGUCGGUAUGCAGUUCCACAUCGGGCUAUGGACCAUUAUCUGGCAGUUUUUAUAUGUCCUAGACGGCGCCCUCAUCAAAUCGAGCAUUAUAUGGACCCUCCUCCGUCUAUCUGAGGGAGUGGGAGUGGUAUAUACGCGCAUACUAUGGGCAUUGUUUGCUUUAGGUUGGAUUGUCUGGCAAAUUUCCUGGCCCGUGGCCAUAUUUCAGUGCAAGCCUGUGGCCGCGGCCUGGGGCGAGCCCGGAGAUUGUCUUUCUGGGCAAAGAGUCAUCCUCAAUGUCUCGUACUUUGUCUCAGCCGCGAAUAUCUUUACCGAUUUCAGCACAGCACUGGUACCUAUUUUUCUACUCCGUCACGUACAGAUGCCUAGAAAACUCAAGCUUAUUACCAUGGGGAUUCUCUCUCUGGGUGUGCUGGCAUCAGUGGCCACCAUCAUUCGCAUUAGCUAUACAUGGGCUUACACUGCGCCUAGUGAAAGAUACUAUACCAUCGCAAAGAUUGUCAUGUUGACCGUACUGGAGUGUGACCUGGGCAUCAUCGCUGGAUCAAUGCCUAUGCUGCGUCAUCUCUUGCGUCUGAUUGCGCCGUCUCUGGCUAACACCGAUGGCACUCCUGAGCAGUCCCGAGACGUCAAUCUCGUGACUAUCGGCGGCAGCACUGGUGCCAGGCGCACACGUAUGAAGCUAUCGAAAGCUGGGGGUCCUUCGACAAGUGAAGAGCGCAAUUACUCUGAGGAUAAGGAGAGUACUGAUGAUGAAACAAGUUCCCGGCGUUACAUAAUGCGUGCCACUUGCCAGGUUGAGCAGGAUAGUCUACUAAAUAUAAAUUAUAAUAGCAGGCCACCCCUAGCCACUCUUACUAAUUAG